AUGCGCUCAAAAUUCUUCAACCGCUCUCAACCCCAACACAACACCAUGACGUCCGCAGAACCCCCGAAGCCCUCCACCGCUCACCGCCCCAAGAAGGCCAUCACCCGCACCAUCAAGCAAUUCUCGCCGCGCAAAAAGCCCCCGGCGCCCAUCGCGAUCCCCAAGCCCGCAGCAUCUAGGACCCUGCCUGUCGCUGCUGCGAUCAACUGGGUCGCAGUUGAGCUCUCAAACUUUCCGCCCAAUUUCGCUCGACAAGAUGUCCAGGCCAUUUUCCGGGACUACAAUGUGUCGCCGGGCUUCACGCUACCGAAUACGACGCGCUUCGCUUACCCGUUCCGUACGAAGGUCUUCUUGGCGGGGGUGGAUGAGGCGUCAAGAGCAGUGAAGGGUCUGGACGGGAGAAUGGUGGGCGGGAGGCGGAUUUCGGUGCGGAUGAUAGACCGAGCUGCGGUUGAGGAGGAGGUGGUUGGCGUUGCAAACCUUGCCGAAGAGUUGAGGAUUGGAAUCAUUAACACCGCGCGUGUGUACCAUCCGCAGCACUCUUCCGCGAUCCUCGAAGUUCGGGAACAUGUGAAAGAUGGUCGCUACUUUGCAUUCCUGCAAGCUCGCGCACCGGUUACGGUCCACAGCCCUCCUCGCACACAUGCGUUGCCGCCUCGGAAUGUUGGAAACUGGGAGUUUGUUGUUGGCGGAACUGCGGAGGUGAAGCAAGAGAAAGACGGGAUAGUGUGUGCUCGAUUGGCGGCUCUAAGGCAUUUACAGGAAGACCUGGAGAAGCAGGGUGUGAUGAAGAGAGUAUGGGCUGGAUGGGAGGGGAGUUGGAUGUUGGACGCAGCUGGAUUGAAAGAUGGACCACGAGCACUGUAG